AUGGACCCCGAGCCGGAUGUGCGCAUGCCGGGGGGUAUCAUUGAGCACAAAGUAGAGCAAGUAAAGCGAGAGGAUGGCCAAAUAUACGAUACCAUUUCACCUUGGCUACGUGAAGAUGCCAAAGCGCUUCUGCCAUCGACGCCAUGGCCUUUGAAGGCGUCUGAGCCGCCGCCUGAGGCGCAUGAGCCGAAUCACGGCUUGAGCCUGCGGUCUCUCAAUCCCUUCGCUCUUAUCCGUCAAGGAAUGCAUGCGCGAAAAGGAAAUUUAGCAGACAAGCGCUCCUUCCGGAGAGACAAGCAUCACAAGCGUCUUGCAUCUUCCCAGAGCCCCUCGCGGCUUCCUGUCGAGUCAGAGGCACAACCGUCGCGCGCAUCUAUGCUGUUCGAGCCGCUGCACUACGUGUCUUCAAAUGAGUCAGCUAUAUCGGCGGGAAAAACACACGGUGUCACGCUCGAUACAAAUCUUGAUAAGAUGGACGACAUCAUUGCUCGUCCUCGAACGAGUGAGGACAUGCUUCGUGCCUCGCCAUCCACUCCUAGGAGGAGUGUGACCAGAAUGACACCUAUCAUACCUCAUCAUGAAUCUCGGCGAAGCGAGUCGGUCUCUCCGCGAUCUGAGGCAGUCCACUCUCCCAGCAUGUCACCUCACGGCGCCUUGUUUCCUGGCGAUCUGAGAGCCGCGCCGAGUAUUCGCAGUGCUAGUCCCAUGUUUUUGCCUGAAGCGGGGCCUAUCUCGACAUGGAAGCCGCCUGAAAGCUGGGCAGUUCUCUCACAUGCCGGCGAACACCACAUGAAAGAUGUGGUAGGCGAAUAUGUGGAUGAGAACGAGGUGGCUCCAUCGCCAACGUCGCACCGUCUCACGGAUAGCGACUCAUCCCAAAUUGUGAUUUAUGAACCUGUGAUGGAGGCCUGCUCUCCUGCCGCGACGAUGCACAUGAAUCCUUUUGACGAGAUGUCCGAGCCGAGAAAGCCCCGCUUUUUCCGGCGUGCCGCCCCCAAGGAAGAAGACACGGAGGAUGCCUGCAUGCCGCAUGUGCCAUCGAAAAAGUCAGCACUCAUGUCCGUGGGGCAUGCAGCAUUUGGGCGACGCCACCGCUCGGCUACUGCCUCCCACUUUCCUUUUUUGCGGCCGCGACGCACUGAAGCCACACCGCCGCUGGAUACCCCGAUGUUGCCUCAGGUGCCGGAUCCGCCCGCCCCGCUCGUGUUCCGUUCGAUGGACGUCGAUAUAUCUACAGGCAAGACAUUCGUGCGUGUGUAUAUGCAGAACGAUACUUAUGUGAUUCUGUCCUGUGCCGUCGAGACCGCCGCGUCGGAACUCGCCUAUGCUCUGGGACGACAUGCGGCGAUUCCGGACCCCCAAGGUCACCGCCUGUUUCUAUAUGAGCGCGGCACGGACCGGCCACUUGCGCCUACCGAACGUCCUGCGCGUAUACUUCGACGCCGACUCAUCCAGGCCGGCUACACGGAAGCGGAUGGGCUGGAUGAGUUGGGCCGGCAAGAUCUGAGUUUCUUGCUUCGCUUCGUCUACCGUGCUGACCGUGCGUCUACUGUGAGAAUCACGCCGCACGAGCACCAGGAUCAGACGUACAAGCACAUGAAUCUGCAGGGCAUGCACCUUACCAUGAUUCCUGUGCCUGUAUACAGCUGUGCUGAGUGGGUGGUGAGCCUGGAUCUGUCUAUGAAUCCACUGACGGACGUGCCGAUCGACUUUGUGCAAUUGUGCAAAAACCUGCGCAUGCUCCGCAUCGCAUCUCUGGCACUGAAGCGCGUGCCUGAGAGUGUCACGGCCAUCCAGCAACUCACGCAUCUCGACGUGAGCUCCAAUCGACUGCUGGAUCUGGACCAUAUUCCCCUCCACACACUGCCAGCCCUCAAAGUGAUCCGUGCGAACAACAAUCGGCUGUCCAGUGUGCCGGCGUAUAUGCCGGACAUGUCCGCGCUGCAGUACCUGAAUCUGUCGAACAACCGUCUAGACACGUUUCCCAUGCGUAUCUGUGCGAUUCCGAACCUGAGGGACCUGGACCUGUCGUUCAACGCCAUCAGUAUCAUCCCCCCUGAUAUACAUCGUCUCGUGCAUCUCGAGCGGCUCUUUCUCGUGGGCAACAACAUCAACCGUCUACCUGCUGAAAUACAGAACUUGCAUGCAUUGCGCGUGCUCGAUGUGCGGCACACGAGUCUGCAUGCGCUGGGCGACCUGCUAUCGCUCCCCCAACUCGAGCGCCUCUUGGCUUCGCACAAUUACCUGACGCACAUCGAGGGGGAUGUCGGGCACCAGCUGCAAAUGCUAGAGCUCUUACACAACCCACUUACACGCGUUCAUCUGGCAGCCUCUGUCACGACGUCGCUAACGCACCUCAACCUGUCGCACGCGAACCUCGUGACCAUCAAUGAAAGCCUGUUUCAGUCCGUCCCACAGCUCCACUCCCUGGUGCUGGACCACAACCAAUUCGCGUCGCUACCUCCCCUCGGAGCCUUGGGCCAGCUCGAGUAUCUAAGCUGUGCCACGAAUGCGCUGGCGCACCUCCCCGAGUCCAUCGGCUCGCUGUCGGCACUGGCGCACCUUGAUGUGCGUGACAACAAUUUGCGCACGUUGCCUCAGAGUCUAUGGCACUGCCACAGCCUGCAGACCCUCAAUGCCAGCUCCAAUGUACUCAGUGCGCUGCCCAUACCCGAAUCGACCGAUAUGCCGCUGGCGCGCUCUCUGGUGUGCAUGAGCAUUGCGGAUAACCGAUUUUCGGACGAUGUGUUUGCUGUGCUCAUGCACUUUCAUGAGCUCGAAAUCCUGAAUGUCUCGAUGAAUGAGCUGUACGAGGUGCCGUCCGGUGCGCUCGUCGCGAUGCCCCAGCUGCAGGAACUGUAUAUGUCGUCGAACAGUCUGAGCGCCCUGCCUGCCGACGAUCUUGAGCAUCUGCAGCAGCUGCGCGUCCUCUUUAUUAACGGCAACAAACUCCAGUCGCUGCCGACCGAGCUGGGCCGGCUCAAGGAGCUGCGCGCCAUCGACGCAGGGAACAAUGCUCUCAAGUACAACAUCGCCAACUGGCACUAUGACUGGAACUGGAAUGCGAACCCUGAGCUGCGGUACCUGAACUUGUCCGGCAACAAGCGCUUCGAGAUCAAGCCCAAGAUGGCUGAUGUCCACGGCCGUGAAAAGAAUUUGGCCGACUUCAAUCGCCUGCGCCAUCUGCGCCUGCUGGGCCUGAUGGAAGUGACCAUGACGCACCAGCCGCUUCCCGAUGACUCCGAUCACCGCCGUGUGCGUACUACGCUAGCGCAUCUCAACGCGAUGCCGUAUGGCAUUGCUGACUCGAUUGGCUUCCAUGACGCGUUUAGUGUGUUUGAUCUUGUGGUGCCCAAUUUCCGUGGCGAAGAGAACGAGAGUCUGUUUGGUCUGAUUGAUGGCCGCUCGCACUCGUCGCUCGCUGGCACACGUAUCGCGCGGUACAUUACGGACCGCGCCGCUCAUGUCCUUGACGAGGAGUUGAGGCGACUGCCGUCGCCGCCCGCCAUCAACGACCCGGUGCCGAUGGCGAUCCGGCGUGCAUUUCUGCGACUCAACCAAAUGUAUGCCGAGUACGUCCUCCGCGUGCAUGCAGAGCACACAGAGCCUCCGCAUACAGGCGAGAUGCAUGGAUCUCAGGAGGUCUUUUGGGGCUGGGGCUCCGUGACAUCGCCGGAUAUGCACCUGUGGCAGAGUGGCGCCAUGGCACUGUUGGCGUACCAGCGGCAGCACACGCUGUACGUCGCCAAUAUCGGGCAAACGGUGGCCGUGCUCUCGCGCGCUGGCGGCUUGGUGCGUGUGCUUGGCAAGCAGCACGAUCCACUCCAUCGCGACGAAACGGAACGCAUUCGAGCCGCCGAGGGAUGGGUAUCGCUGCGCAACUAUGUCAACGACAAGACUCCGGUGGCCCGGGCCUUUGGUCAUUUUCACCUGACACCGGUCAUUACAGCGUGUCCCUCUGUCCACUCGAUCGAGCUGACUGAUGCAGACGAGUUUGUGAUUGUGGCCAACACAGAGCUGUGGAAGUACCUCUCUUACCAAAUGGCCGUGGAUAUCGCGCGCAUGGACCACAACAAACCGCGCAUUGCAUCUCAGAAGCUCCGCGAUAUGGCUAUUGCGUACGGCGCCAAGGAGCCUAUCGCGGUGAUGGUUGUGACGGUCGCUGGCCUCUUCCACGAGCACCUCAAUGUUCACGCGACGCAGCGUGCCACCGUGGACAAAACCCUCAUGCGCCGCGGCCGCAAUGAUAUGGACAGCACCCUCGCCCGCCUCGAGCGUGAAGUGAUGCCACCCAUUGGACAGGUGGCGCUCGUGUUCACCGAUAUCAAGAAUUCGACGCUGCUAUGGGAGACGAAUCCCAGUAUGCAGUCAGCGAUUCGGCUCCAUAACCUGCUGCUUCGGCGCCAGAUGCGGAGUAUCGGCGGAUACGAAGUCAAGACAGAAGGCGACGCGUUCAUGGUAUCGUUCCCGUCGGUCUGUGCGGCCUUGCUGUGGUGCUUUAGUGUCCAGAUGCGUCUGCUCACCAUCGACUGGCCUCAGGAAAUUCUCGACUCGCCCACGACCCAAACGGUCUACGCCGACGACGGCACACUCCUGUACCGCGGACUCAGCGUGCGCAUUGGUGUGCACUGGGGCUGCCCUGUAUGUGAGAUCGAUCCCGUCAACAACCGCAUGGACUACUUUGGGCCGAUGGUCAAUCGAGCGGCCCGAAUCAGCGCUGCCGCGGACGGCGGUCAAAUUUUGGUCAGCCGCGAUGUGAUCCAGGAGUUGGAGCGCGUAUUUGAAAAGUACAAGGACGACGAACAUUUGCCGCACUCGGCAGGCAGCGAGGCGGUGUCCCACAGCGGCACACCGCGCGACGUGGUAUUUCUUCGUCGGCUGGGUCUAGGUAUCAUUUCCAUGGGCCAGCGCCGCCUGAAGGGCAUUGAGGCGCCCGAGCAUCUCUCGAUUGUAUACCCCAAGAUGCUCGCAGGACGGUACACGCACCUCGCUGGCGCGCGACGUAGCAGCGGCCUGUUCCAAAUGUACGAACCCACCAAGGAACUACUGGCACUCACGCAGGUCAAGCAACUGGGCUAUGUGUGUCUGCGUCUCGAGUCACUUUCGAAUGCGCGGUGUUUCCCAGGGAUUGAUCCUCGGGAUCCGUGGUCAGACGUCGUGUAUGAAGGCCGUCACAGGCCCAGCCAGCCCGUUCCCAGCGCGCAGCGCAGCGCGUUGGUUCAAUCGUGCGUCGAGCGCGCACCUGAGAUGCUGAUUAUCGCUUCGCGCGAGGAUGCUACAGACGCCGAACUAUUUCCUAUCUUGCGCCAGCUUGUCACGCGCAUUCGGAACAGCAUCCACACGAUCACGCUCCAGUACGCGAAGCGCGCUCCCGACACGUCCCAGGUGCUGGAGCUCCUCUUCCGCGGACUGGAAGAGUAG